AUGGUUCAGGAAGGAAUAGUGCUAGGACAUAAAGUGUCCGGACGUGGUAUAGAGGUGGACAAAGCAAAGAUUGAAGUUAUUGAAAAACUUCCACCUCCCACGAAUGUGAAAGGAAUCCGUAGCUUUUUGGGACAUGCAGGGUUUUAUAGACGCUUUAUCAAGAAUUUCUCUCAAAUUGCUAGACCCCUAACUAAUCUCCUAGCUAAGGACGCAUCUUUCAUCUUUAGUGAUGAGUGUCAUAAAUCUUUUCAAACUCUUAAGAAAGCACUCAUCUCAGCCCCGAUUAUCCAACCACCUGAUUGGAAUCUUCCUUUUGAGAUCAUGUGUGAUGCUACCGAUUUUGCGGUUGGUGCCGUUUUAGGACAAACCAAGGAUAAAAAGCACUAUGUCAUAUCCUACGCUAGCUAUGUCCCACCUGGUGUAAACAAAAGGAAGUUGCUUCACGAUAGUCGUUUCCACCUUUGGGAUGAGCCAUAUCUUUUCCGAGUCUGCGCUGAUGGACUCUUGAGAAGGUGUGUUCCUUUUGUCAGGAGAUGCCACCGGUGUCAAAAACAUGGGAAUAUUAACUCACGAAAUGAAAUGCCUCUCACAAAUAAUCUUCAAGUAGAACUUUUCGAUGUUUGGGGCAUUGAUUUCAUGGGGCCAUUCCCUAUGUCCGGGAAUUGCGAAUAUAUCUUAGUAGCUGUGGACUACGUAUCCAAAUGGGUGGAAGCCCUACCUUGUCGAUCAGCUGAUUCAAAACAUGCCAAGAGAAUGUUCCACGAAGUUAUCUUUCCUCGUUUUGGUAUACCCCGGAUAGUUAUAAGCGAUGGAGGUUCCCACUUCAUCGACAAAAUCUUCCGGAAGUACCUAGCCGAUCAUGGAGUUCGACACAACGUCGCAACACCAUACCAUCCUCAGACUAGCGGUCAAGCCAAAACAUCUAACAAACAAAUCAAAAAUAUUUUACAAAAGACCGUAGAUGAGAUGGGUAAGGGGUGGAAGGACAAACUUCCUGAUGCACUUUGGGCAUAUAGAACUGCAUUCAAAACACCCAUAGGCAUGUCACCUUAUCAACUUGUAUAUGGAAAAACUUGUCAUUUGCCUGUGGAAGUAGAGUUUAAGGCUCAUUGGGCACUCAAGAAAUGGAACAUGGAUCACCACCUUGCUAGCGAGAAUCGUCUGAUGCAACUAUCUGAGCUAGAAGAAUGGAGAGAGAAAGCCUACCACAAUUCAAGGAUCUAUAAAGAGAGAACAAAACGAUGGCAUGAUAAGAGAAUCAAGCACAAGGAGUUUAAGCCUGGAGAUAAGGUUCUACUAUUCAAUUCAAGAGUUAAGCUCUUUGGUAAUGGUAAGCUACGAAGUAAGUGGGAUGGA